AGUCUCUCUCUCUCCACCACACACACAACAACAAGAGAAGGCAGGGAGGCGCACUCAAAAUCAGGAGUGGUCGUAAGAAGCCUAAACUUAUAAAGGAGAACAGAGAGAUAAAGUGGGUGAGAUUUCCAGCCCAUCUGCCGAGUUUGGGAACUGUAGCUGUUACAGUUUCUGAGAUCCAGAUACUUUUGGGGCACAAGAAGAAGAAGAAGAAUCCUAACAGGCUUUGCUGCUUGGACCCCUAAUAACAAAUCCAAGGUGAUGGCAGUGGCAGUAUCCAGGGAUCUGACAGUGCAGGUGCUGGAGGAUGUGAACGCUGUCAAGCUGACUGAAAGACAGCAGGCUCUGCGCACUGCCGUCCUGAGAGGAGAGCCCAAAUGUCUGGGGGUGAGUCAGGUGAUGCUGGGGCUGAUGGUCAUGUCCUACUCCAUUCCUCUGCACUUCACUGAGGUCACUGAGGUGGUCAGUCUGGGAGUUCCUUGGUGGAGCGGCCUGACAUUCAUCACAGCAGGAGUGGUCGCUAUCAUCUUGGACAAACACUGCACCAUGAAGAUUCUGUGGGCGUGUUUGAUGGUGAGCGUGGUGUCCACUGUGCUGUCAGUGGUGGCUGUGAUCAUCUACUCUGUGGACAUGGACAAGAAUUCUGAGGUGCCCUGCGUCGAGACACUGCAUGGCGACUGUAGCGAGAUACACUACACCACGCAGAUGCUGAGCAUGGGAGUGAAGUCGUCCCUCCUUCUCUUCACCCUGGCCCAGACAGCCAUCUCUGCCAUCCUCUGCUUCCUUCUCUUCAGGCACAGACGCUGCUACAGACAGUACGCUUCUCUCACUAAAGCUGCUCCAUCAACCCCGACAGCACUCAUACCGCCUGACCUGAACUGAUCAGUAAUUGGAUCAGUACUCAUGGAGGUGAUGGAUCACUUCUCAUCAGGUGACCGAUCACCUGUUCUUCAGAUUGAAUUUGUCUGUCUAUUUGUAUCUAUGACUUAUCCACUGUGCAUGAGCAUCUGCUUUCAGAUUGUUUCUAUGAAUGUCUGCCAAGACCUGGAUAUUAGAUUAUUGGUACACUUCAGCCAAAUGAUUCAAAACUUCAAGGAACAACAGAGCUGUAAUAAAAGAAAAGAAGAAAGGAAUAAAUAGAAGAAAUAAUAACUCUUAAACAUUGGCAUAAUGACAAUGACAAAUGCAUUAAAGGAGACGUAAGAAAGAUAGAACGAAGAAAUUCUGAUACAUGAAUAGACAAAGAUAUUGUUCUUUCCUGUGGUAAAACCAUCACAAGACACUUUGGUGGCCAUGAAAUGUGACAAUCUGAUAAAGGUAGCAAACUUUCUGUGUGGUACAGGACACAAAGCACAGCCAUGUGAUCAGGAAGUGGUGGGUAUUUUUGUGGCUGCAGGCUCACAGUGCACCUGGGUCACAGCUGGAGAUCGGGAAGAAUCUGUCAUAUACACAAAAUAACUGUUUGCAUAAGUAGUCUCCUCCUUAAUGACACACCUAAACCAUCACCACAUAAAACAUACAUUAAAAGCUGCGUCAAGAUCGCCUGUGUGUAAUCGAGGUGUGACAAGUGAUUUUAGGUUAUAUAUUAGCCAACUUCCUCACAAAAACUUUGUCAAGUUGCCAGGGUGCUUCACCGGUCAUGACUGUUGAAAAAACUCAUGUCAUCUGGGCCAGAAGGCAGUCUGGAGACGAAGUGGAAGAUCCUGGUUAUUAUUAACACCUGGUUAUUAUUAACACCUGGUCUUCAUCAUCGGAUGGAGUUUGCUCAGGAUCUGUUGACAUGCAAGCUCAGUAGUUCAGUUGUAUCAGCUUCAUCCAGUGAUGAAGACUGUGUGAUAUGGUUAAAAGUACUUGAGAAAGCUAGUAAGUGGACUAUGAGUUGGGUUUUUUUUCACACUUUCAUGCUUAUUCCUGACCAGAAUUUCACCAAUGGAUUACCAAUGGCACUGCAGUGCACAGAGAGUUGCCAAACACCAAACUAGUGCAUGUGAGGAAGAAACCUUACUGAACAUGAGGAAGACUUCGCUCCAUGUGCCCACACAGACACAGACCCCUCUGACUUCUCUCCUGUUUCUUGAUUUUAAAAUGUUUUCAUGGUGUUGUUGCAGUUUUCUGUUUUUCUCUCUCAGUUUUGGUUGUGUGUAUGGAACAAAGUAUAUAUAUAGUCAUGUGCCCUGUUUUUAUUUUUCUUGACUGUUUACACAGUCUUAUGAUAUGUCCAUCUAUUUUGUAUUAACUAUUUGAUAUAAUCUUGUUUAUUUUAUACAAAAUAAAAUCAUAUGUACAUAUAUAUGAAUUAAA